CAUACGCACACAUGCAGUGAAAGAGAGAGAGAGAGAGAGAGAGAAAGAAAGCGAGCGAGCGAGCGUGAUCGGCUGGCACUGUAGCCAGCGCUCGGAUGGAAACCAAGGAUCUCCGGGAGCACGCAACUUGGAAAUACACGUCUCCCGCUCCACUCGGAUUUACAGUGUGGUGCUUGCGGCUACUGGAAGUACAUCAGCUCGACGGUGGACUGAGCGCGGAGGAGAAAAGUAGCCGGUGUCUGGGAGCAGCUCAGCCAUUUUGAGUGGCCGCCUGGAGGCUAUUUCUUUUUAAACGCAGUUUUCCCCUCUCAUGGUGAGCGCCAGUCCGUAACGGGGCAGCGCGGCGAGGGGCAGCGUGGCUCCACGGACUGCAAAGAGAGGCGCCUCACUGUCUCGCUCUUCUCAUCAUGGAGUGCUACCUGUUGGAAGUCUACCUGCUGCUCCUGGCACUUGCACUGCUGCAGAGGUCGAGCUGUGCCACCGCGAAGGAGCUCACCUGCCAGGAGAUUACCGUGCCCCUGUGCAAAGGCAUUGGCUACAACUACACCUACAUGCCCAACCAGUUCAACCACGACACGCAGGACGAGGCUGGCUUGGAGGUGCACCAGUUCUGGCCGCUGGUGGAGAUCCAGUGCUCACCGGACUUGAAGUUUUUCUUGUGCAGCAUGUACACUCCGAUCUGCCUGGAGGACUACAAGAAGCCUCUGCCGCCUUGCCGGGGUGUGUGCGAGAGAGCCCGGGCUGGCUGCGCGCCUCUCAUGAGACAAUAUGGUUUCGCCUGGCCCGACAGGAUGAGGUGCGAUCGGCUGCCAGUCCAGGGCACCCCGGACACGCUGUGUAUGGACUACAACAGGACCGAUCUGACCACCGUGUCGCCGGCUUUUCCUAAGCCCACCGCACACCCUGGGAAGCCUGUCAACCCCCACAAGAACAAGAGCGGACACGGGCGCCCUGCUUUAGCAGGGGGGAAGCACCGCGGUCAGCCGUCCCAGUGCGAGCCGGGGUGCCAGUGUCGUGCGCCAAUGGUGCAGGUCACGAGCGAGAGGCACCCGCUGUACAACCGCGUCCGCACGGGUCAGAUCCCGAACUGCGCCAUGCCUUGUCACAACCCGUACUUCAGCCCCGAGGAGAGGACUUUUACCGCCUUCUGGAUCGGGCUCUGGUCGGUCCUCUGCUUUGUCUCCACCUUUGCCACUGUGGCUACCUUUCUAAUUGACAUGGAGAGGUUCAAGUACCCGGAGAGGCCCAUUAUCUUCCUGUCUGCCUGCUACAUGUUCGUCUCGAUGGGCUACAUCGUACGUCUGAUAGCGGGGCACGAGAAGGUGGCGUGCAGUCGCGAGUACGAAGUGGAGCACGUCCACUACGAGACCACCGGUCCGGCUCUUUGCACCGUCGUCUUCCUCCUUGUGUACUUUUUCGGCAUGGCCAGCUCCAUCUGGUGGGUCAUCCUCUCGCUUACCUGGUUCCUGGCUGCUGGAAUGAAAUGGGGCAACGAGGCGAUCGCUAGUUACUCGCAGUAUUUCCACCUGGCCGCCUGGCUCAUUCCUAGCAUUAAAUCGAUCGCCGUCUUAGCUCUCAGCUCAGUCGACGGGGACCCGGUGGCCGGGAUUUGUUACGUGGGAAAUCAGAACUUGGACAAUCUGCGCGGCUUUGUGCUGGCGCCGCUGGUCAUUUACUUGUUUAUUGGGACAAUGUUCCUGUUGGCGGGAUUCGUCUCUCUUUUCCGAAUCAGGAGCGUAAUUAAGCAAGGUGGCACCAAAACGGACAAGCUGGAAAAACUUAUGAUCCGAAUUGGGAUUUUUACAGUGCUCUAUACGGUGCCGGCCACAAUCGUCGUGGCGUGUUACUUCUAUGAACAGCACAACAAACAGAGCUGGGAGGUGACCCAUAACUGUGCCUGCUUAGUUGAGCAGGAGGCAAAAAAGCCAGACUAUGCCGUGUUUAUGCUGAAAUAUUUUAUGUGCCUUUUGGUUGGCAUCACUUCCGGAGUGUGGAUCUGGUCAGGAAAGACACUCGAGUCCUGGAGGGCUUUCUGCACGCGCUGCUGCUGGAGCAGUAAGGGCACAGGAGGCUCCAUGUACAGUGAUGUGAGUACAGGACUGACCUGGAGGUCUGGCACUGCCAGUUCAGUAUCAUACCCAAAACAGAUGCCCCUGUCACAGGUUUGAGCAGCAAGGACUGUUGUUUUUGGUCCUGGACAGACAUGGUGAGGGGAACUGACUGACUGCUGUGCCAACGUCACAGUCCUGAUGGGCUUGGGCUGGAUUGGUUGGGUGUGUUUCAAAAGAAACGAAGGUCAGUUAAUGCAAGUGUCUCAGACCAGAGCUGGCCACUCAGCUUGGUACGCUUUCAAGUGUCACAAGAUUGACUGAGACAGCUCUUUUGGUGUCCUACUUGAGGUUUUGCUUCUGAGCCCAUCCACUAAAAGUGCUCUAUAUAAUAAUAACUUGAAUGAAUGCUAUUAUUAUAUUUAUAAUUAAAGUCCACUGACAGGCUAAUUUGGACUGUCAGCUCCAUAUCCUGACUGGAGUGGCUCACCUGGACUGUCUGCAUGGUGUCCAUGUGCAGUUAACUGCUACUGUCAAUGACGUGGUGCACUUGGAUUGCCUUAUGUGUGCUCCUGCAAGAGGGAAGUGGUAACUUUUGAGGUGUUUUGGAUCUGAUCUGGAUGGUCAGCCCCGUCCUCCACUCACAGUUGAGUUGGACUCCAUCUGAUUGCUUAGAGGGUCCCAUCCAAAAAAGAAGUGGCAGCAUCACAGGUCUAACCGGACAUUCGGUCAGCAAAUUGCCUCCAGCUUGUCUCCUAGUUAUCUCCAAUUAGCAUUUUAAUGGACCCUAUUAGGCAGAAGUAUAAGCUGCUGCCUGAAACAAUGUACCUGAUCUAAAAUGGUUAAAUCUGGUCAAUUUAUAUGCACAGCAGCCGGUGAGGGGACAAUCUGGGAGGAAGGGCCAUUGUGUUGUCUGUCAUCCUGCACCGAGAGGAUUUUUACUGUCUUAAAUCUCAAAUGUCCUUAGCAGGAGGCAUGUUAGGCUUUGUUUUGGAUAAAUUACAUUGCCACAAAGGUGUUUGCUGACUGCAAUCAAAAUGUUAACAAUGGUUAAAAAAAAAGUAAGCCUUAAUUAUUGUCCUGUACCCAAAUGUAAUACGGGUUUUACUGCAAAAAA